CUUUAAUAUGCUGAAAUCUUGCAGUGUUUUUUGUGGGAGUAAGCGCCACCUGUUGACUGCUUCGCAUGUGAUUUGUCAGAUUUGAGAUUUGUGCAUUGUGUGAGUGGGGUGGCAGGUGCAUUCUAUUCUUCUCUCGUGAGUGACGUGACCUCGAACUUCGAAGUCUGAACGUCAACAUUCUCCGUAUUGUAUUCAUGUGUUAUUUAGUUGAUUCGCGGAAUAAUAUUGAUAUCCAUCAAUCAGAGCGCAACGGAACGGAAUAUUAAUUGCCGUAGCGAAAACGCGUGUUGUGUUGGUUGUUGGUGGACCAGUAUUCUUCUAACCCAAACCGUAAAGGGCGCGGCGCACCCACGCUUUUAAUUUAACUUAACCUACAAAUCGCCGUGUGCUUUGUGGUUGUUGGAGAUCGCAGUUUUUGUUGUUUUUGACAAACAUCUUUUCAUUUAAAUAGUAAAGGAAAUAAUAAUAUAGUCGAUGAAUAACAUUAAUUACUUAAUCCAGAUUAUGAAUUAGAAUUUGUUUACUUAUGCAUAUUAUAUUACUGCAUAAUAAUAAUUAUGGAUUCAGAAAAAAGAAAAUUAUUUAAUAAACUUUAUCAGCGAUAUAAACGAUCUAAACAAGUUAAGAAAGUCGAGGAGGAGCCCUCCACAUCUAAAGAUUUUGAUUAUUGUAUAAAUAGUGAAAGUUCCACAUCCCAAAAAGACAUUUGUAAUGUUUCAGAGGAAAGUACAGACUCCGAAUUAGACUUUUGUGAUAUUGCUCAAAUUCCAAGUAAAAUUCAGGAAGAAAAUUUUGUCGAGACUGAAUUUUUAAAUGAUAAAAUUGAGGAUAAAUCAGAGCAGACCGGACAUGGGGUACACAAGUUUACUUUAAUAGAACAGUUAUCAGAUUGGGCCAUAAUUCACAACAUUGAUCAUUUUGCUUUAUCUGAUUUAUUGCGAAUUCUAAAUCAAACGAUUGACAUUAAUUUGCCCAAAGAUCCAAGGACUAUUUUAAAAACCCCACGAAAUACUGGUUCUCUAAUUGAAAAGGUAGAACCAGGUGUCUACUUUCAUUUUGGGGUAGAAAAUUGUCUCAUAAAUUUACUAAAUCGUAGAGAUGUUAAUGACUCGGAGGAUCGGAGUAAUAUUUUAGAAAUUUGUGUAAAUGUUGAUGGUCUUCCAUUAUCAAAAAGCUCUGGAAGUCAGUUAUGGCCUAUAAUGAUCAAUCUUUUUCAAAAUAAAAAUAUUGUGGAGGUAUGUGGAUUAUAUCAAGGUAACAAAAAACCAGAAAAUGCUAAUGUUUUUAUGUCCAAGUUUGUAAAUGAAAUCAUCAGUUUGAUGACUAAUGGUUUCACUUAUAAAAGCCAAAUAUUUUUUGUAAAAAUUAAAGCCUUUAUUUGUGAUGUCCCUGCAAAAGCUUUUAUAAAGUGUACCAGAGGUCAUAGUGGUUAUAUGUCUUGUUCUAAAUGUGAUACUGAAGGUGUGUUUAAAAAGAAUCGAAUUUGUUUUCCUGCAAUAGAAGGAUUUCAUCUUCGAACAGAUGCAACUUUUAGACGCAAAGAACAAGAUAGCCACCACACAGAUACUUCUAUUUUGGAAUCUAUACCUAACUUGAACAUGAUAACAUGUUUUCCGCUAGACUACAUGCAUUUAGUAUGUCUCGGCAUUGUAAAAAAAUUAAUUAGCAAUUUGUGGUUAUCAGGAAAACCACCUUACCGUUUUUCAAGCCAGCAAAUUUCUGAAGUUUCUCAAAAACAUUUGUCAUUACAAAAUCAAGUACCCACUGAAUUUUCCAGAAAACCGAGAUUGCUUUCUGAUAUUAAACAUUGGAAAGCAACGGAGCUUAGGAUGUUUUUAUUUUACACUGGACCAGUGAUCUUAAAAGAGAGUGUCACUAAUGAGAUCUACCAAAAUUUUAUGUCAUUGCAUGUUGCAGUUACACUUUUUUCAAAAUCUCAAAAUAUUGAUUAUGCUGCUGAAUUGUCAAAAUAUUUUAUUCAAACAUUUUCACUGCUCUAUGGAGAAGAAAAUAUAUCACAUAACGUGCAUAACCUUUUGCAUAUUGUUGAUGAUGUUAAAAUGUUUGGCAGCCUUGAAAAUUUCAGCGCUUUUCCCUUUGAAAAUAAUAUGUUAUUUUUAAAAAAAUUGGUGCGCAAAGGGGAUCGACCCCUUCAACAAAUUGUUAAUAGAAUUGUAGAGCGAAACAAAUGUGUUUUGGGAUCUGGAAAUAUUAGGGCAGAAUAUCCUGUAUUAAAAUAUGAACAUUCUAAUGGGCCACUUAUUGCUAGUGUUUUUGGUAUGAAACAGUUUAAAAAAAUAUAUAUCAAAAAUUUUUUAUUAGCUUUAGAUGAUUCAAACAAUUGCUGUUUCAUGAAUGAUAACAGUGUAGUUAUUAUUAAAAAUAUUGUUUCUUUAAAUAAUGUAGUAACAGUAAUUGGUCAGAAGUAUUUAGUUUUAGAAAAUUUGUAUAACUUGCCUUGUGAAUCCUCUAAAUUAAACAUUUUUGUUGUGAGCAAAGAAGGUCCCAUUAAAUCGUGGGAGUUACCUCAAGUUCUUCACAAGUUUUUUAAACUCACAUUAAACAAUAAGGUGGUUGUUUUUCCUUUAUUACAUACAACUGCUUAAUUUGUUACAGAUUUGUUUAUCGCUGUUAAUUUUUUUCCAUUAUGUAAUUGUUAUUUUCUUAAAAACGUAAAAACAAUUUCUCUCUUUUUAAAAAAUGUGUAGUGUCACAAAUUUUGGACCUCGUUUUGGACGUAAUAGAUUUAAUCUCGGAUUUAAUAUAUAUUUUCUAUGAGGAUUAAAUUAAAAUAUUUUUUUUAUUAAAUUCACAUUAAAAUGACAUUUAAUUAAAAAAAUUAUCUGAUUUAAUUAAAGUCGUCAUGUCAUCUCCAAGAACAUGGACGGUGGUGUGUUUCGAAAGUGAUAAUGCAGUGCAGGCAGUUCCCACCAAGUGGAUAAAUGGAGAAAAUUGCCUGUGGCCAGUUUUACCCCAAGAAAAACUGAAUAGCGCCUUAAAGCACUGUGACUUCAACAGUUGUUGGCCAUCACAUAAGGUGCGAAUAUUUCGCAAUUCAACUUAUGACGACUAUUCCACGGCAAGAUCUAAAGCAGCUAAAGCGGAAUAUAGUAGCGACUUAAAUUCCGAACCUGAAACAAAAAGGCCCCGGAAAAAAAGAAUUUUGAGUUCUUCCGAGUCGGAGGAUGAAAUUAUAAGAAGGAAGAAGCCGCAGGGAAAAGUUAUCAAUUUACCGAUUCCUCCAACCUGGAGUAUGCCCAGCCUGUCGUUUGAUAGUGAGACUGUCACUAAUAAAGCUGCAUCCAAUACCAAUGAUACUAUAGAAACUCCUAUUCCUAUGGCCAAUUUCAGAGAGGCAAAUUUAAAAGAAACUGAUGUCUCAGCUGUUCACAACUGCAAAUGCAAUCCAAAAAUCCUGUAUAACAUACAGUCUCUUUUAAUUGAGGUGAAUGCCAAACUGGAUAAAUUAUCUGCAAACAGCUGUCAACCAUCAGUGGAAGGACCAUUAGUGCAAAAUAUUCUCGAAAAAAGUUCUAUAGAGCUGCCAGUAGACAGUCCUGAAAAAAUAGAACAUAUGGAAGAAUUUUUGGCGUCCGUCGAAAAUUACAAAUGUUUAGUCAUAUAUUUUGCCAAGAUGGGAGGCACUAAUUUAUACGACUUUGUCAAGAGAUGUUUGGCACCAGUCAUCUCGGACAAGACCGCAAUGACCUAUUCUUUUAUAGGUAGAAAAGGGAAAAAGAACUUUUCAAGUUUAAAGCUGUCGCAAGCAGUUAUUGAUUCCGCUGAGAGAAGUGGUCUCCAAAAAACUAGAAAAGAGACGGAAUAUGCUGUAGCCAUGUGGCUGCGAAAGGCGAAGGAAAGGUGUUUGAAACGAGCGUGACAUGAAUUGUAUAAGAAUUUUUAGCAAUAGCAGUAUACAUUUUUCAAAAGAUUUUUUUUUCAAUAAAAAUGUAUAUUUUA